ACGGCGGUGCAAAAAUGAGACAGUAAAAAUUUGAGGUAAAAAUGAGACAGUGAGUUUUUUCUAUUAUUAAACAUCUUUUUCUAAACUCUGAUUAAGUAAAAACGUUAAGUCUUCUUUUAAGUUGAGCAUGCCUAUAUUAAAUUUAAACAAUUAUGGCACAGAAAAUAUCAAACAUGAUGUAUUUGAAGGAAUCACAAAAAACACUCAUAAAACUUUCAAAUAAAAGGCGCUAACUUUUCCCGCCACGGCAGCCUAAAUUGUCGGAGCGACUCGUUUAAAGUCGGAAUAUUGUUGUGUUUGUCUUGUGAUGCGUUGGAACCAUGUGCAACAGUCUUUCUUUGAUACCUGACCCGAGCGCUCGUAAAAUUAUUCUGGGGUAAAAUUGAGACUUGUGUGGGGGAUAACUGGAAUUGUUUUCAAAAUGCCUAGAACAUACGUUCCUAAAUUAAAAAAAUAUACAGCAAAAGACUUAGAAGAAGCCAUAAAUCUUGUUAAACAAGGGAAGCUUGGGGUAAGAGAGGCAGCACGACAAUUUAGAAUCGACAAGUCCAAGCUUAGUAGGUCGCUUAACAACAAAAAUAAGUCGAAACAAGGUAGAAAGCAAGCCUUAUCAGUGGAUCAAGAAGCUGAUCUAACCCAAAAGAUCACCGUGAUGGCUAAAUGGGGAUUUGCUGUAUCCAAAGAAGAAAUUAAACGUGUUGUUCAAACUUACGUCAAUGAAAAUAAUUUAAAAACCGUUUUUAAUAAUGGAAAACCCGGAGAUGACUGGUUUCGGACGUUCUGCAAAAGGAAUGGACUAAGUCAAAAAAAGAUGGAACAGUUGGAAAAGUGCCGAAGAACUGCAACCAGUGACCCCUUUAUCAUCUAUUCCUUUUAUGAUAAACUUGGGGAAACAAUUAAGAAACUGGGAUUACAAGAUAAACCCUCACAUAUAUUUAAUCUAGACGAAACUAGUUUUAAUUUAGAUCCCGGUAGAGUAAAGGGUGUCUCAGCGAUAGGACAAAGGGUUCAUCGAGUAUCGAAGGUUCCGGAAAUGAAAAUGUUACAACAAUGGCCUGCAUUUCGGCAAACGGAGAUCUCUUUGCCGCCCUUAAUAUAUAUAUCAAGGACAAAAUUUAUGGAGCACUUGGAAAGGAACGCAAGACAUUGA